GGAAACCCUGAGCCGAUGGGAGCUCCGCUUCCCGCAGCUGGAGCGUCGAUAAACUCCAAGAAAACAGAGGGAGACCUGGCCACUGAGUUUAUGAACAGUCUGGAGAGAGAAGGGGAAUCAUGCUGCCAUCAACAAGAAAGGAUUUUGUGUCUCUGACUCUCAGUGAAAGCGGCAGCUACAGUAACAGCAAGCAGUGGAGACGGCAGUCCUGUUGGAGGAAAUGGAAACAGCUGUCCAGAUUGCAGCGCAGCCUGAUUCUGUUUACAUUGAUGCUGUUGCUGGUUUGUGGAAUCGCCACAUCUCCCACCCUCAUAGGGCACUGGAGAGGUGAGCAACCAUUAAAAAUGGAAUGAUAUGGGCAUGAUGUAAAACACUCAUUUGUUGUUGACCUGAAAAAUGAGUACAGGUCCAUUCUUCCCGAGCCACCCUCUGAGAGAAAAGAUUUCGAUAGACGUGGUUUUGGUUUGGAGAAACUUUUGCAAGGCAAAGUGAAUGUUUCGGGUGUGUUGGGAGGCCAAAAUCAUGGAGUGGACCUCAAAAAUGCAGAUAAAGAAUCUGAGGGACAAAAGCCUAUAAUUAGUUGGCGUGGAGCUGUAAUAGAAGAAGAACAGGCCUCUGAUACUGACACCAAAGACACAGAAAACCAAGGAGACCCAGCUUCAUUAGCACUUGGUUGUUAUUUAGCCGAGAACAGACUGGAGGCAGUGAGAGAAGCUUUUAGACAUGCCUGGAAGGGUUACAAGGACUUCGCUUGGGGUCGUGAGCUCAAACCAAUCUCUAAAUCAUACGGAGAGUGGUUUGGACUUGGGCUGACCCUAAUUGAUGCUCUGGAUACCAUGUGGAUCUUGGGUCUACAAGAAGAGUUUGCAGAGGCCAGGGAGUGGGUGGCCAAAGAGCUCUCUUUCGAUAAGAAUGUGGAUGUUAAUCUGUUUGAGAGCACCAUUCGGAUCCUGGGUGGCCUACUGAGUACUUACCAUCUCACAGGAGACAACCUUUUCCUGGAUAAAGCUAAAGAGAUCGGCUUCAGAUUGAUGCCUGCCUUCAGCACUCCCUCCAAAAUCCCUUAUUCUGAUGUGAAUAUUGGGAAGGGCACAGCUCAUCCUCCGAGAUGGACUUCAGACAGCACCGUAGCCGAGGUCACUAGCAUUCAGCUGGAGUUCAGAGAGCUCAGCCGACUCACUGAAGACCCCAAUACAAAGCUGGCUGUGAUGGAGGUGAUGAAGCAGGUGCACAAACUGGAUGGAAAGCAAGAUGGGCUGGUGCCGAUGUUUAUCAAUACCAACAAUGGACUGUUCACCCAUCAGGGCAUUUACACGCUGGGCGCCAGGGCUGACAGCUACUAUGAGUAUCUGCUGAAGCAGUGGAUACAGGGAGGCAGAGUCGAGCAGGAAUUGCUGGAGGACUACCUGCAGGCUAUGGAAGGAGUGAAGAAGAACCUGCUGAAGAAAUCGACACCUCUUGGCCUUACAUUUGUUGGAGAGUUGUCCCAUGGACACUUCAGUCCCAAAAUGGACCAUUUGGUAUGUUUCCUACCUGGCACAUUGGCACUGGGGGUGCAUUACGGCCUUCCCGCUGAUCAUAUGGAGCUUGCGAAACAGCUGAUAGAGACCUGCUACCAGAUGUAUGCACAGAUGGAGACCGGUCUGAGUCCAGAAAUAGCCCAUUUCAACAUGCACGAUGGUAGCACACAGGAUGUAGAUGUGAAGAUUGCGGACCGCCACAAUCUUCUGCGUCCAGAAACCGUGGAGAGCCUCUUCUACCUGUACAGAUUGACCAAGGAUAAGAAGUACCAGCAGUGGGGCUGGGAGAUCCUGCAGAACUUCAACAAGUACACAAGGGUUCCAACCGGAGGUUACACAUCCAUAAACAACGUCCGUGACCCUUCCUACCCCAGUCCUCGGGACAAGAUGGAGAGCUUCUUCCUGGGUGAAACACUCAAAUACUUCUACCUGCUGUUUUCAGAAGACCCCAACCUUAUCAGCUUAGACAAGUACGUGUUCAACACUGAGGCUCAUCCUCUGCCUGUUUGGCCACAAACAGAGUGAUGGAGCCACAACCAAACACACCUCUCUCAGGGCCGCAAAACGCAUUUGAUAUUCAAUCUGCCAUCUUUUUUCUAAGCUUUGAACUGUUUUUGUAAAGACUCGCUCAAAUAAUUCCUAGAGCCAUGACACAAUUUUGUUUGUAGAUAUGUAAUUUCUAAGUGAUCUGUGUUUCUAUUAAUAGAGUUUGUGAUUCUUUUUUACUCUAUUUAUGCUUUUAUGAAGCUGUCGAUCAGCUGAAAUAGUAUGUGCAGUCUCUUAGCUCAAGCACACAGAAAUAAUGAAACACAAACACGUUCAUACUGUGAAAUCCUACAGGGACUGCAAGCACUUUAUGGUGUGUUUUGGGGGUUUAGUGUGAAUGUGUAUAUUUUUCUUUUUUUAAUAAAUGAACUACUGUUUUUUUGUGAUGGUUAAGGAAGACUUUUGAUGGUUUAGACACCAUUUUUAAUGGCCUCUAUAGCUUUGUAUUUUGCAUUCGUUAUUUUCUUGUUUUUCCAGAUCAUGUCAUCACAUAUAAGACCGUUUGAUAUGUGUUAUCACAGAUCAUUGCAGGGUGGGAAUUACAGGGGGAGUUUAGGGGGAUUGAACCUCCUAAUUAAGGCUUGAUCCCCCCCUGAAGGAUGUCAAAACAAGAUGCAUGGGUUUUUUUUUAAAUCUGAGAAAUAGUUCACUCUGAUCUGUGUUUUAAAUAAUAAUGUUAAUAAUUAAGAUAAUAGAUAUCCAGUUGAGCACCCCUAUAUUGGUUCAUACCAUUGUGAAUCCAUAAUCGCGCCAAUCAGCCUAUGUGAGAAAAAAAAGCCAUUCAACGGUCUGAAACCGGCAGAUUUAGAGCACCGAUAGACACCGUAAGAGUUCACAAGACUGUUUUCUCAUAACAUAGGUGUUUGUUUCUACAUAUUGCCUAAAAGUAAAGUCAAAUUGGACGCAUAGUUUGACCGAAUGUAAGCCGAAAUAGCGAAUCCGGUCAGAAUUUGAUUAGCUGAAGCAUGUAUUAUACAAACUUACAUUACAAAACAAAAAAGUUUUUUUCGUCAAUGCAUAAUUCGCGCUCUGCAUCAUUGUAUAAUAAUUUUAUCUUGUGAUAAAGGAUGUUUUAUUUAUUAGUUUGAAAUAUUUCACUAUAGUUUCAAGCCUAAAUCCCCAACCUUGCUUUGAAGGAUUUUACCGCCGUUCCUGUGAAUAGCAGAAAUGUUCUUUUUUUUAUGCUGUGAAUUAUUUUCCGAUAUUUUGUUUUGGAUGUUAAAAGUUGCUAGCAGAUUUUAUUCACUUAGUUUACUCUUUGUGGUACAUCUAAGUAUUUGAAUGGAGCGUUAAUCAAGCACAAUGUUUGUUUUUUUACUUCUAAAUAAGGGUCUAUAAUACGGCACAUGUUCUUAUCUCACUCUUUCAGGGGACCUACAUCAGAUUGACUGUGUCAGUAAUAUUUUCAUAAGGUCUUACAACAUGUAUAUAUAGCUUUAGAUAAGUUAUCGGUUGAAUACUUUGUGAAAUAAUUGAAAAUCUUUUUGUAGAAUUUAGAACUUCAAAAAUCCAAAUGUUUUCUUACUGGAAUGUUUUCAAGCUAUUCGUUAUAUGCUGCUGAUUGCAGAUCAGUUUGUAAUUCAAUAGAAUAGAAUGUCUUAUGAUUGCUUUUUGGUCAAACCUUACUAUAAGGUUCCAUUAGUUAAUGUAUUGUAAAAUAAGAAUGAACAAUACAUGUACAUUUUAUUAAGAAUUCACUGUCAUGUAUUAUUAAAACAAGUUGUGUUUGUUAAGUUAGUUAGGUAAUGUACAUCUUUUCGGUUGUUCUAACAGAAUAAAGCCCAACAGGCUGUUGUAGACUAGAUUUACAUCAUAUUGCUCUUUCAUGGCAACUUGCCACAAAUGUAAGCAAUCAGACACAAAACAUUGAUCUGAGCUGUAAAAAUGUACUGUUUAAUUAAACGUAAAGCUGACAGAAAGUGAAAUGGCUGACAUACACUAUCCUACGUAUUAUUCAGUCACAAGAUGGUGCCAAGAAAAGCAGCAUGACAAUUAGUAAAUAAAUAUGUAUAUGAAUGUAAUUUCUAACGAUCAAGAUGAUCUGAAGAAUCCCGGAUGAAUCCGUGUUAUUAGUUUCAGCCGUGGUUAUUUGGGAAGAACAUAUCUUGGUCAAUCACGACAUUCCAAUCCAGUAUUCCAGACAGAUGUGUAAUAAGCGGGGUCAAGUACAGGUUGUUAUCUUAGAAUAAAGCCUGACGGGCUAGUAUAAGACUAACGCAGGCUUUUAUUCUGCAAAACAACCAUUCAAGAUGUACUUUAUUCCACUUAUUACAGGGCUACUAGCCACAAAACUUUAAAAUUAGACACAAAACAUUGUUCUGGGCUAUAAUAGUUUACUAAUUCUUUAAUUAAAAAGUCAAAAGAUGGCACCAAAGAGCCAAAAACACCAAGCUGGCAGAAACUAAACUGGCUGAAUGAAGCAUAUACUAACCUAUGAAUUGUUCAUUCACAAGAUGGUGCCAAACACAGGGUGUCCGCGGGGUCUUAAAGUAUUAAAAGUUGAUAAAUUAAUUAUGAGAAAAUGAAGGCCCUUAAAAGUCUUGAUCGAGUUUUUAUGUGGUCAUAAAUUUUGUUAAAGCGUAGUCCAAUGUGUUUGACUCCAAAAAAAAAAUAAAUAUAUUUAUUUUCUUCUUAAUAUUAACAACGGCGUACUCAAUCCAUGCAAUUGGUUCAGGUCGGGGUGCCAAGCUCCGCCGUCUGGGUGAUGUCACGUAAUUUGCGACAAACGCAGAAUAGUAAUGUGACGCUCCACAUGCAGCGAAACAGACAGCAAAAUGGGCAAAUGUAAAUGGUUGGAGAAAGACGAAAACUACUUUAAACAGAUGAAGACAACCACCUAAUUUAUUCUUUCAAGCUUUGUUUCUUCCAAUUUUAUCUGAGUUCUGUUGCAUGGUUGUGCUCCAUUGAUUUAACUGCAACUGUUUAUUAAGUUAAAGGUUUGAUACUGAUUAGAACUUGAAGUGGCGAUGAGGUCUUAAAAUAUUCUGACAAGGUCUUUAAAAUGUCUUAUAACGGUAUUAAAAUUACCUUUAGGAUUCCUGCAUAUACCCUGCAAACACUCAAAAUCAGUGGCGUGACAGACAGCAGAUAAAUAUGAAUGUGGAUGUAGGUAUAUGGAUAUGAACGUAUUCACUGGCGUUCAAGGUGAUUCGAAGUUUCCAGAUGAGCCUGCGUUAUUUAGCAGUUGUUAUCUCAGAAUAACAUAUUUUGGAAUGUCUUGACUGACCAAUCAGAAUAACAUCAGUUACAAACAGAAACAAAAAUUAAUAAAUAUUGUUCAUUGUUUGUUUAUGUUAGUAAAUACAUUGACUAAUGGAAAUUUAUUGUAAAGUGUUACCUUUUUUGUUGUUUUUUUGAAGGGUUGUUACACAUCGCAGCUGUAUUAUGUGCAUUGUAUUUGAGAGCUGAUUUUGUUCAGGUAGUGUGCUGAAGUUUAUCAAGGGCUGAGCAUUGAUGUUGUGCUGUGGUGAGCUGUUUUCUUCACUUCUGUUCCGCGUGUGCCUUUACACACAGAGCAAUAGCAUAUGGUGUCUAUUUUCGAUCCUGAGAAUCACGUUUUUAUGAGAAAAAAAUGAUCUAUUUUACUCAUCUCAUUGCUCUUGUGAAGCUAUUUCCAAUGUUUUUGUGAAUAAAUACUUUUGUGAAUAUUUAUAAUGCAUUGGUGAAGUGUUAAAUUGACUUGCUGUCCACAUACCUUUUCUGGGUUUGUGUUUACACUCAUUGUGUGAAUGAAAAAAAAGAAAGAUGGCUACUAGACUUAAGCAAGUUUAUGUGUAUCAUAUCUAAAAUGAAGGGCUUUUCAUGCCUCACUCUGUUGUAGUGCAAAUGUCUCAAGUAUUCAUCUGCUUAUUGACAAAUGAAUCAUCUUUGAAUCAUUAUGGUCAUUUUGAAUCGUUCAUAUACCAAAAACGUGCCAAGAAUUUUAAGUUAUAUUCUAUAUAUAAGACAAAAAAAUGUGUUAUAGUUGUAAAUACUCUUUUUAAUGACACAUUUAAGAACAUAACUCAACUGGCAAUGUGCAAAUGAUGAUUUAGACUUAAGAGUGAGCUUGUACAUAAUGUUUUGUUUGACAAUAAAUGGAUUUCCUUAAUAUUUUACAAGUUUACAAAUGCUGAAAUAAAUUGAACAUAACUUAA